AUGGCCGCCUAUUACAGUGUCAAUAAGGCUGUUGGGGGAGGAUUUGAGUGGCCGCUGGCCGCGUUACACAGGCAUCAACAACAGUAUGUUUUGCCAACUGUUGUGCUACAUUGGAAGCAGGCACAGAGUGCUAUUAUUGUCGACUUAAAGUCACAGAACAGAGGGUUGGUGCUUGCUGGUGAUGGACGCUCAGACAGCCCUGGUCAUUGUGCAAAAUAUGGUGCAUUUACUUUCAUUGAAACCAAGAUCAAUAAAGUUCUAGACAUUCAACAAGUGCAGAGUAAUGAAGUUCCAAAUAGUUCAUGGUGUGAGCAUGAAGGAUUAAAAAGAAGUGUUAGAUUCCUGAAGGAUGAGGGGUUGCAGUUAGACACCCUUAUUACAGACAGACACAGACAGAAUAACAAGUGGAUAAAGGAAAACCUUGAUGGAACAAACCACUUCUAUGACAUCUGGCAUGUUGCAAAAGGCACAGGAAAGAAACUGGAUGCUUUGGCAAAGGUCAAGGAUUGCGAUAUUGUUGGUGAAUGGAAGCAGUCCAUCACCAAUCAUAUGUAUUGGUCUGCAGGUUCUACACCAGAUAACAAUGGGGAAAUGAUUGUUGCCAAGUGGGAGUCGGUUAUCCAGCAUGUGCAAAACAUCCACACCAACCACCCAAAUACUCUUUUCCAAAGUUGUCUUCAUGAUCCCCUGUAAGUAGAUGACGAGCGGGAAAUAGAGUGGCUUAAUCCAACAAGCAAGGCUUUUGAGCAACUGGAAAAGAUUCUUUUAAACAAGACCCUCUUAAAAGAUAUUUCAAGACUUUCCAGUCAGGAGCAGACAUCUUCAUUGGAGGCUUUUCAUAGCUUAAUACUCCAUUUUGCUCCCAAGAAUACAGCCUUUUCUU